UCAGCGCACAGAAAGCCCUGACCUCGUUGCUCCUCCUCAUUCAUUCUGCUCGGUCUUCAAGCCGACCAUUCUAGUGCACUUUAUUGAAAAGGGACAUUGAGAGCGAAUCCCCGCCGCCGCGUCCUGUGUGCUUUGUCUGAGACGCGCAGUGCAGAAGCUGGCCUUUAAAGACGCGCUCAGCUGCGGGCCUGAUCCUCACACACACACCAUCACCAUCACCAUCCUCACACACUGCCAGGACCAGCUCACACACCACUGUCCUCAAAGAUGGGUUGUUACGAUUGCUGCAUGCGGUUUCUUGGAGGAAUUCCGUACAUGUCCGUGGUGGCAACUCUCCUCUGCUUCUCUGGCAUCGCGCUGUUCUGUGGCUGUGGGCACCAGGCGCUCGCCGAGACCGAGAGGCUUAUCGAGACUUACUUCGCUCGCAACCUGCAGGACUACAUCGCUCUAGCCUACCUCAUCGAGUAUUUCCAGUACGUUAUCUAUGGCCUGGCCAGCUUUUUCUUUCUCUACUGCAUUGCACUGCUGGCUGAAGGCUUUUACACGACCAGUGUGGCAAAGCAAACGUUUGGCGAGUUCAGAAGCACUGUGUGUGGGCGCUGUCUCAGUACGACGUUCAUUGUGAUCACGUAUGUCCUGGCUGUCAUCUGGCUGCUCGUCUUUGCUUUCUCCGCACUUCCUGUCUACUUCUUCUACAACAUGGCUGCGACCUGUCGCACCAUCGACUUUCUCUCCGAGACACCCUCAAGCAUCAACCAGCUGUGCAUGGAUGCCAGACAGUUUGGUUUACUUCCAUGGAACACUGUGCCAGGAAAAGCGUGUGGAAUGACCUUGUUCAAUGUAUGCAAAACAAGGGAGUUUUUCUUGACCUACGACCUCUACAUUGCUGCCUUCGCUGGAGCCGGGAUUACAUUAUUGGCUCUGCUUACAUAUACAGUCUCCACAACCUAUAAUUUCGCUGUUCUACGCUAUCUGGGGAGGAAAGGCUUAGGUGCACGGUGUUAAAGCGAUCUGUCCUUUCCUGCAAUCCAUGCUGUUUGUAUCCGCUGUGCACCGUAUGGAAAGACCCACACCUACCCGUUCAACACCUCUGUUUCUCCUUAAGACUUUCUUCCUGUCUCACUGACACUUUAUAACAGGCCAACUGAGUGUUGUUUUUUUCCUCUCUCUCUCUUUGUCCAGCAGGUAAUGAUGUAACACUGAAGCAUAGAGGCUAGUAAAUGGUUUUGUUCUGGAGGCAGGACAACAGACUAUUUAAUGACCAUUGAUUGUAAUGCUGUUGAUUACAGUGCCAUAAUUUUUUUUUUUAAAAGCUGUCUUAGUGCCUUUUCAUGCCUGAAGGACAAAUGACUCAGUUGGACAGGAAGCACAGGGUUGCAUGAUGUUUGGUAGAGGGUGUGUGAUAUCCUUUUUUUUUCUCUCCCUCUAUUGUUUUAAUAUACCUUUUGCUGUUUAUAUUUUGUGAUCUGAAAAUAGCAUUUUUGUGUUUUCUAUACAAGUGCCUACAUCCCUAAGUUGUGGGAUGUUAGUUUUCCUCUGUACGCUGUAGCUGAAUAGCCAAUGUAGUUUAUUUUUACAUGCAAUUAAUGUUUUUUUUUUAUUUUUUUUUUGUUAGACUUUUUUUAUUAACAGAAAUAACUGAUUUUAUCAGUCAUUCAUUGAGAAACUAAUUAGAUUUUUUUAAAGAACAAACUAGCAUGUUACUAUGGCCACAACCUUUCACAUUUGGUCACCAUGGUGUCCAGACAUGCCAAUAUAGACUGACUUGCUGUGACCUCAGCACUUUUUUUUUUUUCUCAUAGUCUAGAGAAUAAUAGUCACGCCUGGCUUUGAGACGGCAUUGAUCUGAAACUUGGGGGUGGACGAGCAUCCAUCAGAGCUAUGAAUGCGCGGGACAGCGUAGGCAUGAGCUUGCAGGGUAUAGAAAGAGACAGAAACCAACCCGAGGUUUCCUGAGGAUUUCAUUCCGACAUUCGUUGUGCAUCAAAUUAAAAUUCUUUUUCCCCCAGUUUAAAAAUCAUUUGAUGAUCCACUAUUUAAACAAUGAAGACAUUUUUGAGUGCUCAGUCUCCCCCUAGUGUCAGCUUUGUGCAUCUCAGAGGCACAUUUCGUCUUGUUCAUCUAGGGAAAAAAAAAAAAUGUAUUCCGUCUAUAUCCCUAAAACUAUCGGGAGAAAAUUGUAGUUAUUGUGUAACACUUGUAGGUAGAUUUUUUUUUUUUUUCUUCUUUUUACUAAUCCUUAUUUACACUGUAUGCAUCAAAUUGUUGUUUAAUGCUACUAGCAAUAUUUGUUAGUGUUUAAGUCACAUGAGUGAAGUUUUUCCUUUUUUUUGGAGGGCAGGGUAGAUUUUGGUAAUAAAUAAAGAAAAUCAGUAGGGGUGAAUCAUUCUCUGUGAGAAAAGCGACUUCAAUAAGAGUAAAUCCAUCAGGGUUCGUGUCAAGAUCUGGGGAGGUGUGGAGAGUUUCUUUUUCUCGUCGGCAGAUUCACUGUCACAUGCUGCUGGCCGAGUGGCAGAUCCUGCUAAGAUACAAGCGCUACAGAGU